AUGUCCGACCAUCCAUAUCCGCGGGGCCAGUUCGCCCCGAGUCAACAGCCUCCGCCGUCCUCUACACAUCAACCCGUCUUGCCGAAUGCCCCGAUACCCUACCUCGGAAACCCCAACACAGGUGGCGUUGCACCCAACAACUAUGCGGCUAUCAAUAGCUCGUUCCAGUACAACGCCAACCGAAUUCCUGGCUUGGGGCUCGGUGGCCCAUCGGUAUCUUCUACCCCCAAUCGAUUCGAAAACAUAUCGUGGCACGCACUAGCGCAAGUUCCUGAUCCAAAUACAUUUCCUCCCCCGAGUCAGGAACGAACUCUGGGAGUUGAUCCCAAGCAACCUACGCAACAAGACCACACAUUAGGGAGAAACCAGGUGGCUUCCCAGCCUAUUCGACAACCGAUUUCCAGCGCUCUCGAGGAGGGUGAAUUGAGCGAGGGCGAGUUCGAGGAUUUGUACGAACCUCAAGCCCCGGCAAAUGUGUCCGUGCCGGCCGCAAAACAGAUCAUACCGCCGCGUAUUCUUGAAAAUCAUUCUGGUCGUGCAGGUGGUACUGAUGGCUCGUCUAUAUACAACGCCGAGUCACCCCGCGCGAAACCAGCUAUCAACAGCACGUCAACGUCAAUUCCAGAAGCCGAGCGGGAUGUUACGCCAAUUGAGCAGUGGGCACCGGCCAACCGAGAACGUGACCGGUCUGGCUCGUACUCUCCCUACCUGUCGCCCAGGGAAAUUCAACGGAAGUUGCCCGUCGCAAAGGGCGCUCCCCGUGACGCCAGAAUUGCAUCUUCCCAACAUCCUCUUCCGACAUCUUUCGAGACCAACUCUUCAUCAACGCAACAAACCAGCAUAGCCUCCUUCUCAAAUGGUCUCUCACGCACUGGCCCGGUCAUCAAUAACAAUAUGAACACACCUUCUGAUACAGCCAAUGGGUCAGCUAUUGCUGCCCCAUUGUCUUUCCAAUCCCCCUCCGAAGCAAAGAAGAAAGCCCAAGAAGCAAUCCUCGGCUUGUGGCCCCUGAAGGUUCGAUACCAAGAUUAUAUCGAGGAAGGAAUUGAUGAGAGCACGGUCAAGAGUCUAUUCACAGAUCUAGGCUUGGAUACGUCAGUACCUAAACCUACAUCGGCUUCAAUCUCGAAAACUGUCAGGGAUUCACAAGUUGUGCCUGGUGCCGCGGAGAGUGCCCUCAAGGAUUCACCUCGGGACCAAACGGCUGAAAGGUUACCACCCACUAACGCAAUACAACCACCCGUCGACGGGACGAAUGGAUCGCCCACUGCUAGCAAGGCCAUCGAAGUCAAGACGGCAGCCAAGACCGCUGCUGAAGAACGCAAGGACAAAAUAGCUCGAAAACUUGCGGCAAAAGCUCAGAAACCCACGUCCACCGUGCCACCUCCUGCUCCUGCUGCCCCUGCAAUCAAUGCGGUUCCCGCUACUGCUGCCCCUGCGGUCACUGCGGUUCCUGCCGUACCUGCCGCCCCUACUACGCCUGUUGCACCCACGCCGCCCGUUGUCGCUGCAGUGGCUGCAUCUCCGCCAGUCAAUGGAUCAUCUGCAAAGCCCAAGACCAGGGCUGAAACAAAUGCUCUUCUACAGCAGAAGCUCGCAAGGAUCAAGAAAGCUCAAGCUCAAGCAGCAGCUGACAAAGUGCUGGCGAGUCUGAAUGAAGUCACUGAUGAUAUCUCUUCCGCUAUCACUGCACCUAACACGUCUGGAAACGAGCGCGGUAUAGGUUCGCCUGCUAAACCAACUCCUACCCCAUUGGCCCCGCAGGCUAUCAAUCGUCGCUCGGCAUCUACAGAGUUACGUGGCCCGUCAAAAGACGGCAACAUCCCCGGCCUGUUUUUAUCUUCAUUGCCAACUCCUCAACCACUGCAAACCCCGAAUCGCAACUUGAAGCGUCCAGUUGCGUCGGAUUUCGACAAUUAUUCGACCCGGGGCGAACCCAAACGAACUCGCACCCAAGAGACUUUGAUCAUUGACGUUAGUGACGAUGAAGACGUCGAGAUGGAGAUUGGUUCCCCAGCAGAUGAGCCUGCCACGCCGACGGAAGUGGACGACUCAUCCAACCGGAAGACUUCACUGGGCGCAUAUCCACCACUGUCUGAUCCUACCUCUCGACCACAGCGCUCGAGCCCCGCGUUGAGUGCGGCACCUACACCGCCACAAGGUGGAAGCAAGCUCGGCAUGUUGCAUAAACGCAUCGAAGAAGCGAAGCUCAUGAUUGCCAAAGCCGAGGCAAAGAAAGCUGCCCAGAGAGCUGUUCAAGGCAAUGCUCGGAGAUCGAGCACCCUGCCUCCAUCUCAAGCUCAGAGCCCAAGGGUGGUAGCGGCAGAGGCAGAUACAGAGGCACUGCAAGUGAUGAGGUUGCCCAAGGUCGCUGAGGUCAAGGCACAAACGUUGACAAUGACAGCCGAGAGACGCGAUAGGAUCGCGAGCUACGAACUCCGCCUUGUCGAUGCCACUCUUCAAGAGAAGCAGGUGAAGCUGAAGCAAAUCGUUGCUGAAGCAGCUCAACUCGAAUUGGAGCUCCAAGCUGGCUUCAACAAACGACAAAAGCUCGCCGCCGAGAUGGAAGAUUUCGUGUUGACCCCGCUCGGCGAAGUGCCCGACUCAGAUAGUCAAUCGCCGCCUAUCACUACUAUUACGAACGGUGCAGCCCAGUCGUUGGAGCCUAUUCAACGCCAGCUUCUGGACGAACAAGAAAUAGUCUCAAGUCAGGCUUGGCGCGCUUCUCUCAUCAAUUCUCAACCCCCCGUCGACGGCACGACUGUCUCGAGACAAGCAUCGGCCGACAAGGAGCCAAUCUCGGGCCUUCAAAACCCUCCAACGGCCCCAGCGAAGACCAAUGAUGCUGAUUUUCAUCCUCCAUCGCCAAGUUCGCCCCAGACAGAUGAGCCGCUGCGACUGUCUAAUGAGGUGAACGACUUUGCGCAAGGUGAUCUGACACACCCGCCUGCCGAGAAAGAUGGAUCUUUGCGAAACGCGCCAGCGGAAGCCUCCGAACAACAGCCUGAGCAUGAUGAAUCUAUGCCAGACGCAGCAGCGGAAGCGUUGGAACCACAGCCUGAGCAUGGUGGAUCUAUGCCAGAUGCAGCAGCGGAACCCUCGGAACCACAACCUCAGAGGCCAGACGUAGACUCGGACGAGGCCGACAUCCCGAUGCAGACAUCUGCAGCAGAGCUGUCCCAAAGCGAUGAGGAUUCUUAUGAGCCGCUCCCGGCGCAGAUUUCCAACGUCCACGACGCUCAAGUGACUGAUAUCGAGAAUACAGAAGUAAAACAUGUCCUGCCCCAGCACGGGUGCAGUCCACUUACCAGCAGCCAGGUCGUUGAUCAAAUUCCCGAUGAGCCCAACCCGACAUCCUUACCCGAAGAACCUGUUCAACCCGAACCGGAGAAAGCGAGCGGAGAAGAUGAACAACACUCUGUUUUGUCAUCAGGGGAUCUAAUGAACUAUCAGAGCCCUCUUGGGUAUUUUCGGGCUUACAGGUUCCACCCUCAAUUCUUUGAGGAGGUGCCGGGGGGUCUCAAGUCUAUGACUUAUAGCUCCAGGAUUGAUCCGAUGCGGCCAGUGUGCCCGGAUAUACUAGCCGGAGACCAGUGUCCCAGGGGCCAUCAAUGCCAAUACCAGCACUUCGAAAAUAUGGUUCUGCCGGACGCCGAAAUCAUUACCCAGCUCGGGUCCGCCGACAUGUUCACCGGAGAUACGAGAACCAGAUUCAUCGAGGGUCUAAAACAAGUGCUGAACGAGCUGAAACGCAACAAGGUCAAAGACUUCGAUCGCAUUACGAAGGCCAUUGUCAAGCACCGACAGGGUUUCCUCGAUGACAAGACCAAGCUGUUGCACUUGGAUGCUGGCGCUAGCUAG